AUGCAUCCCAUGGUGGGUGAAGUGGGAGAACUGUCUGAAAUAUUUCAGUGGAAAGUUGAGGUCCCAAGAGGUCUACCAGAUUGGGUAGAGAAAGAGAAGCAGCAUUUAGAUAUUUGUGGCAUUGAUCUUGGCAAUGCUGCACUAAGAAAACUGGAGCUAAAUGCCAUUAAAUACCCUGUUAGCCUUUCCAAAGGUUCAUCCAAAAAGCAUACUGUCUUGAACAAAACUACAACAACCACCUCCACCAAUGACAGUGAAAAUGAUGUGGCUGAUGAUGGUACAUAA